CACACGCACGCACACGCACACACAUAAACGGACAACCAUGUCGGCCGCCCCCCGGUCGGACGCUCGCCCUGGCAUGGCUGCCGCGCGGUCCCCCCCGCCACCCUCAAUGCCGCCUCCGGUCGCGGACCCGAACCCCGCCUACCUAUCGGCCUGGCUGCACCAGCAGUGGUCGGCCGUUCGCCAGGAGCACGACGACGUGUAUGACGCCUUCGACCGGACCUUGCGCAUUGGCCUUGGCAGCCUGGCCGGCUAUGACCGAGAUCUCAACAUGAUGUUUCGUCAGCCCGUCCGGUCCGGGGCCGGGGCCCCUCACGCCGGCCAUUCGCCCAAGCCAAAACUCCUGGAUGGCCGGAGCGUGUCGGCCCCGGCCGGGCGUCCUGCCGGCCCCUUGAUCGCAGGCCCGCCAAGCACCACCGCUGCCGCCGCCGCCGCCGCCGCCGCCGCCAUUGCUGCGGCCGCCACCGGUCCUUCGGCCAGCACCACCGCCACCACCGCCACCACCGCCACCACCGCCACCGCACUGGCUGACUUCCCCGGGCCGCUGCUGGGGGAGAGCCUGCUCCUUUCUUCCUUCUCCAUCCACGAGGCUGCUGGCCGGGCGGUCCAAAACGCCCGGGGCCGGCCGCGCGUGCCCCUGCUCUCGGAUCCGCCCUUCGGCCGGUCGCUGCUCGGUGUGUCGACAUCCGGGCCGGAGGCCGCCAGUGGCCAUAGUCUCUCGGUGUCGGAUCUCCUGUCGCCGGCCGAGUCGUCUCGGUCCUCGGCCGGGGGUCCGACUGGAUCGAUGCCAACGGCCCACGGGCCUUCGCACCAGGCCUCCGGGUCGGCCACGGCCACGGCCACGGCCACGGCCCCACCCUCGCCCCCCCUGUCAGACCCAUCCUCGUCGGCCUGCUCGGGCUCCCUGCGCUCCUCGACCAUGCCAGCCCGCCAUAGCCCGCGACCGAAGCCCGAGCGGGCGGCCGACCCGGAGCCCGAGGUGGCCCUCCGGCCGGCCUCGCCCCUGCCGGCGCAAGUGCCCCCAGACCCGCCGCAGGCAUCCCACCCGGAACUUGACGCUCCUCCCGGGGCCCCGGCCGCCUCGUUGUCGGCCUCCCUUGGGCAGAUCCGGCAAAAGCGCCUGGCCGGCCAGGCCUUGCUGGGCGCCUCGGCGCAGGGGCCGCCCCCCCUGGGGCCGGAGGCGUCGACCUCGUCCCCGGUGGAAGAGGUCCCCCCACCGGCUGGCAUUGCUGCGGCCCCCCGUCUCCCACGUGUGAUGGUCCCCUCUGCCAGCCAGGCCGCGGCGCCGGCGCUGGUGGUCCCACUGGCGCCGCUCGGCUCGCUGGCCGCCAGCAUCCCCUCCCUCCCUUCACAUACGGCCCCGGUGCCCGGGCGGCCGGACACUGCGCCCGAGGUCACGGCCCCGCCGGCCGAUGAGCCUCCCGGGGCCGGUCGCGGCAGUGGCGACCGCGCGGUCGGCAACUUCGCCCACCCCUCCAUCCAGUCGAUUGCCAGCCGGGUCAUCACCGGGCAGGGGUUGGAUUUCACACUUUCCGGCUGCCCGAGCGCCGGCGGCCCCGGGGCUGGGCCCUUGCAGCCGGCGGCCUCCCUGGUCCCGGCGGGGCCGGCGGGGGGCGGCGACCCCCCAUCGGCCGAUCGGCCAUCCACGGUGUCCCGACUUGACACCAUCCGGGCCGCCAUGAGCAAGCUGGCAUCGCGGCAGUACUCGGUGGCCGGUGGAUCUGGCGCGUCUGCGUUUGUCGGCACCGCCGCCACGGGCGCCGACGCGACGGACAAUCGCCCGGCGCCGGUCUUGAAGCGACCGCUGACCGCCGUGGACAGCAUCGUCCCCGGCGAGGCCGAGCCUCCGGCCAAGAUCGGCCGUCAGAUGAACAGGGAGUCUCUGCCGGCAGCAACGGCCACCGCCAGUGAGGGGAUGCCCUUCUUCGUGGAGCGGCGUCCAGCCAGUCGGCCCGGGGCGCCGGUGCAUUUGGACUUCGAGCCGGAUGGCGCCCGCCCAUCGGGCCUCCCCCGGCAGGAGACACUGUCGCAGCCGGUGCCCAGCGAUGGGGACCCCGGCCAGGGAGCCGCUUCCGACGUGCCCGGCGGUGUGCCCGUGCCUCAAGAACGCCGGCUUCGAUCGGCUGGCACCGGGGCAGGCUCGGGCCCCCUGUCGAUGGCUGCCGUGGUGGCCCAGCGAGCCCUGGAUGCCGGGCACCGGCCGGUGACGCCGCUCGAGCAGCAGCCCAUCCGCUUUGCAGCGGCCGUGACCUCCUCCCUGCGCGAGCUGGCGGCCAACUACGAAACCCCCACCGGGGCAGGGGCCACGCCGACAAGUCUGGACCUGCCGGAGGUGGCCACCUUGCCGGUUGCCGCUGUGGCUCCUGCUCCUGUGGCGGCUUCUGUCCCGACCCCUGUCCCGACCUCCGCCCCGGCGCCUGCCCCGGUGGUCUGCUCGACACCACGGUCAACGAAUAGGGCCACUCGUGACCGGGACCUGUUGCCUCCAUUCACGCCGGAGUGGAGCAAGCAGCGCAACCUGGCCCGGCUGGUCCUUGAACAGGACCCGACACAGGGGGAUAUCCUUUUCGGCGAGCCGAUGGUCGGGCGCCUGUCGCCGAGUCUCCUAUUCACUCCCCAGGCCAGGCGCCCUGGAAAUGGUCGCCGCUGACUUGUCCAGUCUUCUCCUCGACAAAAGGAGGGCGCGUGGGCCUCUCCAUGGCCGAUGCGCCUUCCGAACAGAUGCAGCUGUCGCA